UUUGCUCGAGUUGAAGUAAUAGGGCUAACAAUUGCUAGAUGCUAAAAGCAUAGUAUGCAAUCAUGGGUGUUCGCUGUAUUGUAAAGAGCUGCAACAAUAAACAGGGGAGACCAGGUAAUACUAUGAUGUUUCAUAGAAUUCCAACCAAAAACGCUGACCGGUUAAAUCAAUGGCUACUUGCUCUGGAUAUGGAUCCAAAUACAUCUGUAACCACAUUCAAGAACCAUCGUGUUUGCUCAGAACAUUUCACUAAGGAUGAUUAUUAUGAAAAAAUGGAAUUAGCCACACGGACCAUGAAACAUGUGCUGAAGGAUACGGCCAUCCCAUCGAUAGUACAGACCGGACGAAGUGGAUCCCCCGCGGCUACGCUGCAUGACGCCUGGGCAGUAAUGGACAGAUCACCUGGCCAGGUCAGAAGCACAGGCAUACAAGCAAAUAUCCCAGAGACAUGCACUGUAACCAUGGAGAAACCAACUCUGCAGCACAUUGUGGACGAGGAGGCUAUUCUUCAGCUGAUGAAGAACUGUCCGAUGUGCAACAGAAAAUGCCGCUGUUCAACACGCACUCGCAGUCCUUACUUCAUAGUCUACCAGAGCUGUUACUACUGCAAUUAUCAACGCAAGUGGGCCAACCAGCCUGAAGCUAGAAAUAUGAACAUUCGUUAGGCAAACAUACCGCCCAAGAGGUAACUAAAGCUAACAAACAAGGUGUCUGUAAAUGCCAAGGCUCAAUCCCCACAGCUUAAUAAUACAAGCUUUUCUGAAUCCU